AUGCUCAUCAAAGAAAGCCAUGUCGAUGUGCAAACAAAGGUGGAUGGAAAGGAGUCCUCAAUGAGGAUCUUUCUCUUCCACCCCACCAUCCCCCAAUAUCCUAAUGCACGAUUCCCUGGUGUCGCUGUUUUCAGCGAGAUCUACCAAGAAGUGACUGGCCCGGUGGCCAGAUUCGCCCGCCAGAUUGCAGGACAAGGCUACAUCGUUGCAGCUCCAUCGUCUUACCAUGACUUCACUGGACCGGAGCCACUUGCAUACGAUGUCCCGGGCACGGACAAGGGAAACGAGUGGAAGGUGAAGAAGACACUUCAGUCCUACGAUGAGGACUCCUACAAGACAGUAGACUAUCUUCUCAGCCUACCCACGUGCACUGGACGGAUUGGUGUGACGGGCAUGUGCUUGGGCGGCCACCUGGCUCUUCGGGCAGCGCUGGACCCGCGAGUAAACGCCUGCACGGCCUACUUUGCCACCGACGUGCACAGCCGAACCCUCGGCCCCUACGAGAGCGCCAACACGUCGGCGACGGCGCCGGCGGGCAGCACCCACACCAUUGACAAGCUGAGCGAGGUCCAGGGCGAGGUGGCCAUGAUCUUUGGGCUCAAGGACACGCACGUCCCGGACGCCGGCCGCGACCUGAUCCGCCUCAAGCUGCGCGAGGCGGGCGUCGUCUUUAGCUUUUACGAGUUCGCCUGGGCCCAGCACGCCUUUAUCCGCGACGAGCUCAGCAAGGGCCGCUACGAUCCUGCCAUUACCAAGGUCUGCUUUGAGGUCCUGCUCGAGCUCUUUGGGCGCGCGCUCAAGACGGACCUGGGUCCCAAGGACGGAACGCCCGAGAAGGUUGAGCAUGUCUGCUAG